CCCUUGACCACCGAAGAUUUUACCCAAAAGAUGGAAAGGAUUGAGGCGGAAUGACUGUCUUAAUUCUGGAACUUUCGUACCCAUACGUCCUGCUAGCCUGUUAUGACGGCAUUUUGCUAAUGAGACCUCAGUCACGUGACUACACAUGCAGCUUUUGAUAGCUUCAUGUCUCAAAAUGGAGAGUGACCAGCAUAAAUAGACCUAGCCCUUAUCUCUACUAGAUUACCUCAUCCCACCCUGUACCACCUUUCCUAUGCUACCCAAACCAUUAGAUAUAGAAAACGAAGUCCGUCCCAGUGAGGACUCGGUCAAGCCCAGCAGUGUCACUACCGCCCCGUCAAAGUACCCCUCAGCGAAUGCCCCCACUCUUACAGAGACUGUGCUCGACAAUGUCCCUGAGAGCAGCGGUGUCGGAGCCCCUGGAUUUCUUUUCUACAACUAUCACGAGUAUGCCACUUCGUUCUAUGCCACCAAGGCUGAACGGGCACUGAUGCGCUCCAAAGCGCUUAUCGUGACACACUUUCCCAACGGAUACGUCCCCCUAGGCUCAGAAAAGUUCGUAUCCACCCGGGUUGUGCGGAUCCCGAGGGUUUACCCGGUUACAGGCGAGACUUUUCCCCAGUUUCUGACGCUAUUGCCGGGAAGCGAGGAAGCGGCGCUAUUGGAUCCGGCAGACUUAAAGUUGGGAGCUAAAGGUGUGGUUCCGUUUACGGUAAGGGGCGAAUAUCAGGGGCAGUUAUUCGGGUAUUCUUCGGUAUCCCCGUUGAGUAACCAUCUCCUGGCGAAAGCUUUCACCGAGAUUGUUCAAGAGAUCAACCAAUAUUUCCGCAAAGGGUACAACGGUUUUGCUGGCCAAAACGUGCUCCAUAACGUGUUGGAUCUAAUUACUAUGGGGGUGUCCUCGUUGUUUACAAAAGGGAACCUGAAGAUGGUACUUGCUGAGAUGGAGAAGUAUGUGGAAACGACAAAUGAGCGAUUGCGACCGUUGGGGGUCGAGAUUAUGAGUCCCAGAAGAUCUGGGUAUCUAUCGCUUGAUUUUGUUGUGCCCGUACCUAGGUGGUAAAGUGCCGAAUCUUUUGGUGCUUCUGGGUUACUAUUAUUUAACUAAACCUAGUUACGGCGUGAUUAGUGCCUUGGCUAAU